AUGGAACCCUGUAAAGGACUGCACAGCUUCUACAAAAUCCUAACUAGAACAAAGCAAGUGACUUUAGAGGGAGAAAAUAGUUCUAAUCUUUGCCGUUGCCUCUCAACUCUUGAUCUGGUCGCUCUAGGUGUCGGGAGCACAUUGGGUGCUGGAGUGUAUGUCUUGGCUGGAGAAGUAGCCAAGGUGGAUUCGGGGCCCAGUAUCAUUCUCUCUUUCUUGAUUGCAGCUCUGGCCUCAGUGCUUGCAGGACUGUGCUAUGCGGAAUUUGGAGCACGUGUGCCGCUCACAGGAUCUGCCUAUCUCUACAGCUACGUGACAGUGGGGGAACUCUGGGCCUUCAUCACAGGAUGGAACCUCAUUUUAUCCUAUGUUAUAGGUACCUCCAGUGUCGCCCGGGCAUGGAGUGCCACUUUUGAUGACCUGGUGGGCAAGAAGAUUGGGAAUUUCCUAAGCAAUACUAUGCACAUGGAUCUUCCAGGGCUAGCAGAGUAUCCUGAUAUCUUUGCAGUGUGCCUUAUAAUCCUGCUGGCAGGCCUUCUCUCCUUUGGAGUAAAAGAGUCAACUACAGUGAACAAAGUCUUCACAGCUAUUAAUAUACUGGUACUGCUGUUUGUUAUAGCCAGCGGCUGUGUUACAGGCAACAUCAAAUAUUGGAAAAUGAGCAAGGAAGACCUUUGGGUUUCCAAACAGACUGUGAGUAACCACUCGAUAGGUAAUGAAACUGGACUCGACUUUGGAGCUGGGGGCUUCAUGCCGUUUGGCUUUAGCGGAACACUGGCAGGGGCUGCCACUUGCUUUUAUGCCUUUGUUGGUUUUGACUGCAUUGCCACAACAGGAGAGGAGGUAAAGAAUCCACAGAAAUCCAUUCCGCUGGGCAUAGUGCUAUCAUUGUCUAUUUGCUUCUUUACCUAUUUUGGGGUUUCUGCUUCCCUUACCCUUAUGAUGCCGUAUCACCUCCUCGACUCUCAGAGCCCAUUACCUGCUGCUUUUGAAUAUGUUGGCUGGAGUGUGGCUAAGUAUAUUGUAGCUGUUGGAUCACUCUGUGCUUUAACUACAAGUCUCCUUGGAUCCAUGUUCCCUAUGCCUCGGAUACUUUUUGCCAUGGCCAGAGAUGGAUUGUUAUUUCAGCCACUAUCCAGACUCAGUAGCCGACAGAGCCCAGUGAUAGCAACCAUUGUAUCAGGAGUUGUAGCAGCUCUUAUGGCGUUUCUCUUUGACCUGAAGGCGCUCGUUGAUAUGAUGUCUAUUGGAACCCUGCUUGCCUACACUUUGGUGUCUACUUGUGUUCUAUUACUGAGGUACCAACCACAAACAGAUUUUGGGAAAAGCCCAGAUGGAAAUCUUCCGGAGCAGAAUAUCAGCUCAUUAUCUCACCCGCCAGAAACUCCAUCUGUGCACUCUUCAGCUCUUGUGACUCACUGUGUGCUUGCCAUAACUUUGCUGGUUUGUGUAGCAAGUGUGGUGUCUACAGCGGGAUCACAGUGUCUGCUCUCAGGAAAAGCUUGGUGCCUUUCACUGCUUGUACUAAGCCUCCUUGGAAUAAUAACAGCAUUAGUGAUCAUUUGGAGGCAGCCGCAGAACCAGAGUAAAGCCACUUUCAUGGUUCCCUUUGUGCCAGUUCUUCCUGUGGUUAGUAUUCUGGUUAAUAUAUACCUGAUGGUGCAGCUGAGUACAGAUACCUGGUACCGUUAUGCAGUGUGGAUGGCAGUUGGAUUUGUUAUUUAUUUUGGCUAUGGCAUUCGACACAGCAUUGAGAGGCUGCAGUUAAUGGAUAAGUGCACGCAGAAAGUGGCUAUAAGCUCAACAGAAACAUGCAAAGCUAAUUGCCUUGAGCUACAGCUUGGGGAAGCCAAACCUAUGGACUGA